AUGGUGGUUUCCCAAAUUAAUGGAGAGCGGAAAAAGUCUUCAAAGCCACUUACUAAGCAAAUUUUGAUAUAUGAGUACUUCAAUUCCUUAGUGAAAGCCAAUCCCAAUAUCGAAAUCAAAGAUGGUUUGCCAUAUCACAAGCCUAAAGGAGCAAGUACAAAUUUAAAUGUUUUUCAGAAGAAGCGUAUACCUCCACAGAUGAUCAACAUGCCAGUUUCUCUAGACAACAUGACUGCGGAUGAGAGAAAAGAAAACCAGAGAAAAAGAAAUUUCAGAGUGAGAAAAAAAAUGUCAGGAAGAGGAAAAGGAGGGAAGGGAUUAGGCAAAGGAGGAGCAAAGAGGCACAGAAAAGUUCUGAGAGAUAACAUCCAAGGUAUCACUAAACCAGCUAUCCGAAGAUUAGCAAGAAGAGGUGGAGUGAAACGUAUCAGUGGAUUGAUUUAUGAAGAAACUCGUGGUGUUCUUAAGAUCUUUCUUGAGAAUGUGAUUCGUGAUGCUGUUACUUACACUGAACAUGCUAGGAGGAAGACUGUCACUGCUAUGGAUGUUGUCUAUGCUUUGAAGCGACAAGGAAGAACUCUUUAUGGAUUUGGAGGUUAGGGUUUGGUUUUAUUGAAAUUGGGGUUUUUCUGUAGAGGGUUUCGUUGAUUUAUGAGUUUUAAGUAGUAUGUUAAUGAAGUAAUCGAAGCUGUUAUAUGAGCUUUCUUUUGAUUUGUACUGUUUUCUAAAUGAAUGAAUGAGAAAUUUCAGUUUCUUGGUUAA